AAGGCACCUCAAGCACACCCGGGGGGUUCCGGGCUGGGGCAGGGACCAGCUAACACAGUGCUGGCUCCACUUGCAGCUGUGUCAGUGACCGAUGUGGACCUGGAGGCAGGGGGAAGCAGGAGGCUCCUGUCCCAGCAGGACACCCAUGAGGGAUACGUGGAGCUGCACGAGCUGGUCCUGGACAAUGCAAAGGACUUGUGCUGGAUGGAGGCCGGCCACUGGCUCCAGCUGGAGGAGGACUUCCAGGAAUCAGGGGACUGGAGCCAGCCCCAUCUCUCCUUCCUGACCUACCACAGCCUCCUGGAGAUCCGCCGGGCUUUGAGCAAAGGUGCCAUUCUCCUCGAUGUGGAGGCCAACGCGCUGCCGGCCAUCGUCCACAUCGUCCUGGACCAGCUGAUCUACGAGGGGCAGCUGAAGCCGCAGGACAGGGACGAUGUCAUGAGGACGCUGCUCCUGCGCCACAGCCACCCCACCGAGGAUGAGUCGGUGUGGACGAUGCCGCCGGCGCUGGUGCAGCGCUCGGGCACCGCCCGGGGGGACGUGGAGCGGCCGCUGCUGAGGGAGCAGCGGCCCGUGGAGAUGAGCAGG